AUGUUACGAGUUUUAAACAAACUCUUGACUCGUAACGUUACGAAUAAAAUACAGAAAAGGACGAAAUCUGAUGACGUCCCAAUAUUUAUAAAUGGAAAAACUGUUUCGGUUCCAAAACAUUUUACGAUAUUGCAAGCGCUGCGCAGAGAAGGAGUAGCUGUACCGACCUUUUGUUAUCACGACAGGUUAUCAAUAGCAGGGAAUUGUAGAAUGUGUUUAGUAGAAGUGGAAGGUAUGUUUAAACCACAAAUAGCAUGUGCUAUGCCUAUAAUGAAAAAUAUGAAGGUGUGGACAAAUACAGACAUCACACAGAGAGCUCAAGAGAGCGUUUUGGAAUUCCUUUUAAUUAAUCAUCCACUUGAUUGUCCGAUAUGCGAUCAAGGAGGUGAAUGUGAUUUACAGGAUUUGUCCAUGAAGUUUGGCAAUGAUCGUAGUAGAUUUACUGAUAUUCAUUUCGAAGGUAAAAGAGCCGUUGAGGACAAAUAUUUAGGACCUCUCAUACGUACUGAAAUGACGCGGUGCAUUCAAUGCACAAGAUGCAUCAGAUUUGCUUCUCAAGUAUGCGGUAUGGAUGUCCUAGGCACAACUGGACGAGGCACUGAUAUGCUAGUUGGAACAUAUGUAGAUAAAAUGUUUCUUUCUGAAAUGUCAGGAAAUAUUAUAGAUCUUUGUCCCGUUGGAGCUCUGACAGCUAUUCCUUAUAUGUUUAAAGCAAGACCGUGGGAGAUACAAAAAGCAAACUCGAUAGACGUAACUGAUGCAACAGGUACUAAUAUAGUAUUGAAUUAUCGGUUUAAUAGAGUUCUGAGAGUUUUACCUCGGGAACAUGAAGAAAUCAAUCAGGAAUGGGUUUCUGAUAAGGGCAGGUGGUCUAUCGAUUCUUUGGAAAUGCAAAGAUUAGUGUCACCCAUGACGCGUAGUGAUAAUUGUUUAAUUCCUAUUGAGUGGAAAUGCGCCCUCAAGUUAGUCGCUUCUGCGAUAAAAUCUGUAAGUCCUGGUAAAAUAAUGGCGAUUGCAGGGCCAUACUGCAAUGCGGAAACUUUAGUAGUGGCAAAGGAUUAUUUGAAUAUACUUGGUUGUGAAAACACGUAUAUAGAGAGGGAUUUAUUGCAUUUAAAUGGAAAUAUUGAUUUGAGAGCAAGCUAUUCGUUAAAUGUUAAAAUGAAUGAUGUAGCAAAAGCUGAUAAAAUCCUAUUAGUGGGAACAAAUCCUCGAUUCGAAGCCCCAAUAUUGAAUACUUGGAUAAGAUUAGCCUACACACACAAUGAGUGUGAUGUAUACGUAAUUGGACCGCAAUGUGAAUAUAAUUAUUAUGUUAAUUAUAUCGGCCAAGAUGUAAAUUCAAUAUCAAAAGCAAAGGAUAUUUUUAAAAGUGCUAAAAUGCCUCUAAUCUUCGUUGGAAUAGAUCAGUUGGAAUCGCAGAAUGCUGGUAUGAUGAUGAGUAGUUUAUAUAACUUGGCGUCAGGUUUUAAAGGUGACAAAGAAUGGGGAGUGUUGAAUAUUGUAACAAGAGAAGCUAGUUUUGCUGCUGCUCUUGAAUGUGGAUGGAAACCAGGCGCAUUGAAAGCAAUGCAAACGAUCUGCCCAAGUGUAAUAAUAUCAUUAGGAGCGGAUGACAUAUUUUACAAAUCGAAGCCACCGAAAGAUUCAACAACUAUAUAUAUUGGCUUUCAAGGAGAUGUGGGAUCAGAGAUUGCAAAUAUAAUUUUGCCAGGCUGUGCCUUCACAGAAUCAGGUGGUACGUUUUUGAAUAUGGAGUGUCGCAGUCAAUUCGCGAUGCCUGCUGUUACACCGCCUGGCAAAGCUCGUUACGAUUGGAAAAUAAUUAGAGCUUUGGCAGAGUAUAGCGGAAUUUGUUUAUUCUACAGUGAUGCAAUUACUCUUUGUUGUAGAAUGGCACAAAUAAGUCCAAAUUUUGUUAAUUUUGGACCAUAUCAACAUAAGUUAUUCGCGGAAUUGGUGCCGUCCAUAAUUGAGCAAGGCAAAGCAGCAGGUGGCCCUGUUAAUGUAGCAAUGAAGGAGUUACAAGAUUAUUAUUGUUCUAAUAUCUAUACGUGUAACUCUCUCACGAUGCUUAAGGCUAUGAAAGCCGUUGCAGAAUAUAAGUGUUCAGAUUAUGCUGCCAAUUAG